UCCUUGCCUAUAGUGGGGGGUGGAACUGUAUGAUCUUAAAGGUCCCUUCCAACCUGAACUGUCCUAUGAUUCUCAUUCUGCUAGGCGAUAGGUGGAAGAGUAGACUGUCACUCUUCUUGCUGUAGGUGUGGUGGAAGAUCCCUCCCCCCACUGGGGGGAGGAGAGGAAGGGCUGUGCCAGGCUCGUGGCUCUUCCUGGUGUUGUUUAUAGGCUGCAGCUACUUCCGCUGGCCUCUUAAAAGCGGUGCGAUCAUGGCUGAGCGUGGUCAGCUCCCUCUUUAUGCUAAGCGUUUCUGUUGUAGACUCGGUUACGGUUCGGGGUGUAGGUUAGGACAGCAGGCGGGCGAUACUGGGCCUGGGAGCGGAACGUUCUGCGCUGGAUCAUCAUCAUCAGCAGCAGCAGCUGACGCCGCCGCCGCCCUGGUGCUGUUGCCGCUUGGCAAGAUGCAAAGCCCCGAGUCCUUGCUAGAUAUUGCGGCUCGUAAGGUGGCAGAGAAGUGGCCUUUCCAGCGGGUGGAGGAGCGGUUCGAACGGAUUCCGGAGCCGGUACAGCGCAGGAUCGUCUACUGGUCUUUCCCUCGCAGCGAAAGGGAGAUAUGUAUGUACUCCUCCUUCGACACCGGCGCCGAGGGUUUUACCACCCUUGGGGGUACAGCCGCCAACACCAUGUCCGGUGGGGCCGUGGAUGCCGUCGCUGAUGAGAACCGCCUACCUUUCCGCAGGGGCAUGGCUCUGCUCGAUGGCGGCUGCGUCGAUAAUGUCCUGCAAGUCGGGUUCACCCCCGGUAAUCCGGGUCAUCGCUGCACCCUGGAUCAUAGUAGGGAGGCGAUGUCUCCACCGUGCCUCCCCCACCUCCUCAGGGCCGCUAGUUAGAAAUGAAUCAGUAGAAGGCGCCACACAGGGAUGAGGAUCUGUUCCGUACUCCAAAAUAAAGAAAUAAAAACGAAUGUGAGAUACCAAGAGCGGAUCUGUGGUGCGAGGGAGGAGGAGGAGGCAGCGGGCAGCGGGCGGGGAGCUGCAAACAAAGGCAUUUCUAGGAUAACGGCGAGCCGGAGGGGAGGAGGUCGCAGUGGUCGGGAGGAAUGGGAGGGGGGCGGCUAUGCUCUGAAUAAACAUUUAGGGGUCGGGGGGACUGAUGUGAAGAUACUUGCUUUGGGAAGUGGUGCUUUAUGAAUACGAUGGGAGUGAGGGCUGCUCUUCAUUUAGUAAGAACAAUACUCCCUCUCUUCUCUGCCGCUGCUCACCCGCCGGCGAGUGCCGUCGAUUAAUUCCUCUGUGUCUCCGCUUAAAUGGCCCCGGAGGUGGGUGCUCUCUUCCUGUGUGCUGUGGAGGUGGGGGAUUGAAGAACGAACGUGGGAGACUGUAUUCCCAUGUUAAGGGAGAGGUGAAACUUCGACGGAGGAAUCUGCUUUGUGACUGGUGAUGCCCAGCAGAGAAGCCGGCGACAGAACGCUGUUCUUAUUUUCAUAUUUAUUUGCGUCUUUUUCUAUUGUCCCCACCCCUGUGAAAGGGGAAGGCAGGCAAAAGAAGCUGCUUAACAUUUUUUUUUUUCUUCACCCACGGUAGAGCGGUUGACGAAGUGGUGGUAGGCAGGGCCGCCCCGGUGCCGUCCCGAGCAGCCUUUUGUUUGUGCUGAGCCCUGUCUGCUCGCGGCCUAUAAACGUGCACCUCUGGAUGGCCAUUUAUUUUCUGAAGGGAAGCUCUGUUGCUGUUCUUAGGCUUGCUGCCGUUCUCUCUUCAGCUUAGGGAGAUUUCAGCUCUGAGGCAAUUCUUUUUUUCUUUUUUAAAAUAAAUUGUUUCAUCUUUUGGAUUUCUCCCCCUUUCCAAAGGCCUGAGGCAUAUCUGUGGUUCCUCUGAACUGGCAAAAACAGAAAUUAAGAACUGUUCUUAAUAAUCAAGCAGUGAGGCUGUCCACUAAUUGUUGAAAGCUGAAUGUUGUCUUAGUGUAAUAAUUAACAUCACUUAAUUUUGAAUCAUUUUUUCCAGAUAAAUUGCUUAAAAAUUCGACUAGCAUCAAACUUAUAAUCACAGUAGUCACGCCUCUUAGGUGUGAGUGUUGAGUUGGGGGGAAGAAACUUCCAAGGGAAGGAAAAAAAUGUAAAGAAUUCAUUAACUGACUGGUACUUAUUACAGCUAUAGAAUGUAAUAUUAAUAUUGCAAGCUGGAAAGCUACCUUCCAUGGGGAGGAGGGUUUAGCUGAAGUGUCAUUAGUAUUGAGCUGCGGAUUUGGUUUUCUAAAGCCCCUCAGUGAAAUAUGAUCAUCGAGAUGCAAUAAAUUUUUUUAGAAGAACAAAGUAAAAUUUCUCAAGUGCAAAGUAAGCUGAAACUCCCUGGACGUGUUUUGAUUCGUAAGUAACUUUUCUGUUUUUUUUCUAGUUCUGUUUUAAUGGUAUUUAUCUUCUGACUCAGAGGUGCUUUUGUCGCCUGUUAUUAAAAAUAAUUAUCACCUCCUUUUUUUUCUUAAAUAUAAACUACAAGUCGGUGGCUGUUUUCAAAGCUAGGAGAAGCCAUUUUUUUUUCAGCAGGAAGAGAAAGCUUUAUGAGACUGUUGCUAACUGCUCUCUAAUUCUGGCUGAAUGCCACCUAUAUAUAUUGUAAUUGGCAACUUUCAUAUCCUCUUAGAGGAUGAUGGUUCCAGUUAAUCAUUUUCUUGUUUGAGUGCCAUCAGUAUAAUGUGAAACACCAUUUUGUUGAUAAAACCACACUGGUUAUUUUACUAGCAAAGCUGGCACAGGUGUUGUGGUGCUAUAGACUGAAAUGUACCUCUUAGCGGACAUGAUGAUCUUUGCUGAUGCAUGCAAUAUAUAUCUAUUAAUGAAACAUGUAGGACACAUGGAUUUAGUUUUCUUAAAAUAUUUAAUGCAAAUAAUACUAAAUUAUGUGACAAAAUCAAGGCAGAAAAAAACUUUAUUUCAAGUCCUGAUUACUAAGUGUGGAAAAACUUAAGUCAAUUCAUUCUUUUUUUUCUAGUCUUUAAAAAUAACAAAUCUGGAUUUCAUAAAAAAGAAAACAUUCCAACAUGUGGAAAUUUUACAUGGUCUUUCCAUGUAAUUAUAAAUAGUAUAAUAAAUCUGUAAUAAAACAGCUCUAGAACUUAGUUUUCUUUUAAAACAAAUCAUUUUCUCUUUAAAAGUUGUAAUGGAAAGUAAUUUACCAAAAAAAUUUUUCUUUUUUUAUAGAUAAGCUUUAUAUUGGAUUGACCUAACAAAAUUUGUCAUUGUUUUAGGUCAGUUUCCAUGUUUCUCAUGUUUCAUUUUUUUCCCUUAACUUCAAGGCUUUCCUCGCUUCCAAGAGAACAAUUAUUUUCAUUUUCAAAGCUUGCUUUCAAUUUAAGGAAGCAUUCCAUCUCUGCAUACAAUCAGAUGUUUUGGUAAUAUGGCAAUUCUUGAAUUUGAGUUAGUUGUCAUACCAGCAACUGAUGCUUUCUCUCUGUACUUUCAGAGAUCAAAACCAAAAUUUUUGUGAGAGAGUAGGCUGAAGCUAUUAAAAUGUCAACAUUGGACAAAUUGAUUUUCCUUAAAAACCGAUAGCUAGUUGCUGUAUUUUACCACAGCAUUUGCUUUUUUUUUUUUAAUCUGUUAAAAUGGAACCCUUAUGUUAUACUCUGAAGUUCUAAUUUGAAGAAAAACAAACAAAAACCCACUUCUUAGUAUAUUAAUCCAUAUAGCAGUUUUACUAGUGAAGGUUAAAAUAUGUUGGGUGGUGUGCUUUAAGAUCUGUCUGUUUGGGUUUUAUUUUAAUGUCACCUGCUGUCUUAGUAAUCUAACUAUGUAAAGGCACAUCCUGGAGUUCUGUAGUGAUGUAGCAAAAUAUUGCCACAAAACUAAGGUAGUGUAGGAAUACAGCUGAUGCCCCUAACUUCUUAUCUUUAGCUAGUUUUCUUUGGGGAUUAGGUAGGAGAAUUUACUGCAUCUUGAAAAAGAAAAGGAGAGGGGGGAAGAAAGAACCAAACUAUUUUAAGUAACAAAAGCUAUCCUAAUCUUUAAAUAUUCUUGUCUGUAACAGUUUGACAGCAUGUGAAUACUUGAGAACUGUACAAUAAACUACACUUGUUCUCCCAUAACUUCCUUUUUUUUCCUCUUCAUUCACUAUCUAAAGCUACCUAUGUAAAAUACUUUUCUCAGCUGGAUAUGUAUGCAGCUGUCAACGUGGCUUCACAACCUUCUGUGACCUGGAUCACUAGUGAUGUUGGCUAGUGCUCUGUGCUGGUUUCUGUUUUCUAUCUUCCUGUGUAGCAAUUACCAUGAACUAUGUGACACCCUUGCAAUGCAUUAGUGUGCUGGCUUGUGACAGGGAGACAGUCAUAUGCAUUCAGUUUUCAUCGCCUUUGUUCCUACUAUUAAAGACCAGGAUGUGUAGAAAACCUGUCAUGUAAGUCACUGUCUUUAAAAUAGCUUUUUCUGACUUAAUUCUGUAAACAAACUGGAGGCAUGUAUCCUUCAAAUAGUAAAUAAAGUGAAGAGCAUUUCUUGGUGGUUAAGUCAGAACUGAUCAACAGGAAUGCUGUAUGAGCUUAGUGGCAUCACAAAAGAUGAUUUCUGAUUUGCUACAAUUCAGCGUAGAUUGAAGUAUCUCCCAUGGUAGGCUUUUUACUUACACUUCAUUAAAGCUUUCUGAAAAAUGGAAAAAAAAACAGUGUGAAAGUUAAUCAUGUAUAUAUUUUAAUUGUUAUGUGUGCCAUCACAUGCCUUAAAAAGAAGGAAAGAUGACCUUAAUCUUUUCCAUUUUUUUUUUUCUCCCUUUCUACUCCUUGUUGCACUUGAGUAUGCUUGACAGUCUUGAAAUAUCUGGGAAGUUUGGCUUUGGAAAUGCAUGGGCAAUAGCUGAGAUCAGAUGUUAAUUGGAAGGAUGCAAGCAAAGCCUGUCAGUAAAUUUAAAAUCAUACUAGUAGAGCUAAUUGGUCCAAUAAAUUAGAAGCUCAAUAACUGCAUUGAUGUACUAAGAAUUUAGGUUACUUACCUUUUGUCCUGCUUGAUUUAACAAUCUAGCUGUUCACAAGUAAUUUUUUCAUCGUUAAUUGCUGUCUAACCUCCAAUAUGUUAUGUGACUGUCUGAAAAAUAAAGUGGGGGCAAAUGAUAUAAUGCCUACUUUGGUAAAGAUUUCUUCCUUUUGUCUCUUUAUUGUCUAUUUUAUUUGGCCGAAAGUUAAUUGUAUUCAAAUGAUCAUUUUAAAGGCAGGGAAAAUAAAAUGUUGCAUAACUAUAUGAUUUCUAAGAAAUGAGACACUUCAUACACACAUCAAGUUUCAAGUUUUGCUUGGAUCAUCUUGAGUGAGAUCACAUGGCAUGUGUGGGACAUCUAGGGGAUAAGGCUCAGCCAUCAUGGGUUCACAAAAGGCAGGUCCUGUUCGACCAACCUGAUCUUCUAUGAUUGAGUGACCCACCUGGUGGAUGAGGGAAAGAUUGUUGGUGUAGUCUACCUAGGCUUCAGCAAAGCCUUCAAUACUGUCUCCCACAGUAUUCUCCUGGAGAAACUGGUAGUCUGAGGCUUGGACAGAUACACUCUUUGCUGGGUAAAGAACUGGUGGGAGGAGUGGGCCCAGAGAGUGGUGGUGAAUGGUGUUAAAUCCAGCUGGUGAAUGGUAACAAGUGGUGUUCCCCAGGGGUCAGUACUGGGGUCUGUCCUGUUCACUAUCUUUAUUGGAUGAGGGCGUUGAGUGCACUCUCAGUAGGUGUGCAGAUGACACCAAGUUGGGAGAAAGUAUUGAUCUGCCUGGGAGUAGGAAGGCCCUACAGAGGGAUCUAGGUAGGCUGGAUUGCUGGACUGAGGCCAAUGGGAUGAAGUUCAACAAGACCAAGUGCCAGAUCCUGCAACACUACAGGCUUGGGG